ACACACAGAGAAGAAAACUAAACUCUCUCUCUCUCUUUUUCUUACUCCUCAUCAUCUUAAUUAAACACCACUGCUUUCCCAAUGCAAUUGUUUUCUUCACAUCCAACAUAUCACUGUCUAUCUCUAUGUUAUUGUACUCUUUCUCUUUCUCUUUCUUUAUUUCUUUUUCUCAAUCUCUCUCACUCUUCCUUUAUAUGUGGUCCUUUAGUUUUCCUUCUCUUAUCACUUUCUCCAUUUCUACAUAUACCUAGCCUUAUAUCCCACAACGCUACUAUAUCUUAGCCUUUCCCUCCCUCCCUUCUCCCAUAUUAUAUAGCUUGUUUUAUUUCUUAGACUCCACCCAUCAUUUUUCAUUGCAUCUUCUUCAAUUUGUGUGUUCACUCUCUCCUCGUGGCUAUAGUUUUGCACAGUAAAUAAACUGAACUGAAGCUAUAUAGAAGCAAGUGGUGAUUAAUUACUUACUAUAGACAAUUAUAUAUAUAUAUAUAUUAAUUACACCAAUUUAUAAGGUCUUUAUCUAUCUAGCUAGCUAGGUAAAAUUAACAUGUCUAGCAGAAGGUCCAGGCAGCAAUCUGCAUCCACAAGGAUCUCCGAUGACCAAAUCAUCGACCUUGUUUCCAAGUUGCGUCAACUUGUUCCUGAGAUUCGCGAUAGGCGUUCUGAUAAGGUAUCAGCAUCUAAGGUCCUACAAGAGACCUGUAACUACAUCAGAAGCUUACACAGAGAAGUGGAUGACCUAAGCGAACGACUGUCUCAGUUGUUGGCCACAAUCGAUGCUGAUAGCCCUGAAGCUGCCAUCAUUAGGAGCCUAAUUAACUAAUAAUAUUAAGCAAGUAAUAUCAGCUCAUUUUCCUAUAUCCAAGGAGAUAUAUAAGAGUGUAUUAAUUUCUUCUUCUUAAUUUAGGUGGCAUAGAGUGCAGUUUGAGGUUCCUUCCAAUAUUUAUAGUAUAUGGCAGGAAUGGCGCACUUGUAAGUUAAAGGUUUUGUGAUAAGAAUUAAGGACUCUCUGUAUUAUGGCUAUAGUGCUAUAUAUUAAUAUAUGCAUGCCACAUUUAUAGAUGCCACAAAA